ACUUGCGUUGCACCAGGGCGGAGCGCGGCCGCGACGGGGCGGGCGGACUCACGAGCGCUCAGAGCCGGCCUCGGGUCCUCGGCCCCUGGCGCUCCAACCCCCAUCUUGACCCCCACCCGGCCCGGGACACCAACUCCGACCCGGCCCGGCCCGGCCCCCGCCCCCGCCCCCCGGGCCGAUGGACUACUCCUACCUCAAUUCGUACGACUCGUGCGUGGCGGCCAUGGAGGCGUCCGCCUACGGCGACUUCGGCGCCUGCAGUCAGCCGGGCGGCUUCCAGUACAGUCCUCUGCGGCCCGCCUUCCCCGCGGCCGGGCCUCCCUGCCCCGCGCUCGGCUCCUCCAACUGCGCGCUUGGCGCUCUACGCGACCAUCAGCCUGCGCCCUACUCGGCAGUGCCCUACAAAUUCUUCCCGGAGCCGUCGGGCCUGCACGAGAAGCGCAAGCAGCGGCGCAUCCGCACCACGUUUACCAGCGCGCAGCUGAAGGAGCUGGAACGCGUCUUCGCCGAGACUCACUACCCCGACAUUUACACGCGCGAGGAGCUGGCGCUCAAGAUCGACCUUACCGAGGCUCGCGUGCAGGUCUGGUUCCAGAACCGCCGGGCCAAGUUCCGCAAACAGGAGCGUGCGGCCAGCGCCAAGGGUGCGGCGGGCGCGGCGGGCGCCAAAAAGGGUGAGGCGCGCUGCUCGUCCGAGGACGACGACUCCAAGGAGUCCACGUGCAGCCCCACGCCCGACAGCACCGCGUCGCUGCCGCCGCCGCCGCCUGCGCCCGGCCUGGCCAGCCCGCGCCUGAGCCCCAGCCCGCUGCCCGCCGCCCUGGGCUCCGGGCCUGGAGCCGGGCCGGGGCCACAGCCGCUCAAGGGCCCGUUGUGGGCCGGCGUGGCGGGCGGUGGGGGCGGCGGACCGGGCGCGGGCGCGGCGGAGCUGCUUAAGGCUUGGCAGCCGGCGGAACCCGGGCCCGGGCCCUUCUCUGGGGUUCUGUCUUCCUUCCACCGGAAGCCCGGCCCCUCCCUGAAGACCAAUCUCUUCUAGCUGCCGGCCUCUAGAGGCUCCGGGCCUGCCGCCUGAGACGCCCCUGCCCCUCCAGGACCUGACAGAGUCCCUCCUCAUCCUGGCCGCCUGCCUGAUGUCCCCAUCUGUCCCACCCCCUCACCGUGUCUGACCCCUAUGUGUGCCCUCCCCAGCUUUGGAGACCAAGUCAGGGCCACUCUCGUCCUCACCCACCCCUACCCAGUGGAGGGGGGUACUUUUCACUGGGAUGCCCUCGGGGAGAGCCCAGGACCCCUUCUAGCCUGGUUUUCUUCAGAACCGGAAUCAAACAACACCUGCCCCUAACACAGUGCUCAAAGGUGACUCCUCAAACGGGGACAGCCCGGCUUCCUCCCCUGCCCCUGCAGCUGGCUGGGUCACUCAACUUGGAGAGCAGUCUGCUGCUCCAGCCCUUGGGCCCACCCACACUGACCCCACCCGUGCAAAGGCUGCUCGUCAUUGUGAUAACGAGUGGCCUGAAGGGUCCCACCACCAAUUUCUCCCUCAUGCGUCCCCUCCCAUCCCCAGGCAGUCUGGCACAGAGGGCAGGCCCGUUAGAUGAGUGGAGGAGCUG